CGGCGCCGUAGCAGCUGCAGAGGCUCCGCCCUAUUGAAGCUCGCAGGAGGAGGAAGGAAUAUGGCGGCGCUGCAGUGCUGGCUGGGAGCGAGAGGGAAAGAGAGCUGUGAGCCGGGUGUCAGCGCAGACUGUGGGCCCCUCCUGACGUCUCGCGUGUUCUAGUGUUCUCGGACGCGGUCGGUGAUGGCUUCCUGCGGCUGGUGAUGUCCGGUGUGCUCCCUAUGGUCCGCCACUGAUCUCCUCUCUGAUAUUUACCAAGACGUGUGACAUUGACGUCCUCGCCCUGAUUGGUCGGGCGCCCCCCCAUCACCGAGGUCAAGAUGUUCUCAGCGUUGAAGAAACUUGUGGGGUCGGAAGUGCCGAAUCUACGAGACAAGAACAUCCCCGCCGGGCUGCAGUCCAUGAACCAGGCCCUGCAGAGGAGGUUCGCCAAGGGGGUUCAGUAUAAUAUGAAAAUCGUCAUCCGUGGCGACAGGAACACAGGGAAGACCACGCUGUGGCAUCGGCUGCAGGGGAAGAAGUUUGUGGAAGAAUACAUUCCCACUCAGGAGAUCCAGGUCACCAGUAUACACUGGAACUACAAGACCACUGAUGACAUAGUGAAGGUGGAGGUUUGGGACGUGGUGGAUAAAGGUAAAGGCAAGAAGAGAGGCGAGGGCUCCUUAAAACUGGAAAAUGAGCCCCAAGAGACUGACUCCGACCUGGCCCUAGAUGCAGAGUUUCUGGAUGUCUAUCAGAACUGCAAUGGAGUAAUUAUGAUGUUUGACAUCACCAAGCAAUGGACUUUUACUUACAUCACACGGGAGCUUCCGAAGGUCCCCAGCCACGUGCCGGUGUGCGUGCUCGGAAACCAUCGAGAUAUGGGAGAGCACAGGGUCAUCCUGCCUGACGACGUGCGAGACUUUAUACAGAGCCUGAACCGGCGCCCCGGUUCCUCCUACAUCCGAUACGCUGAGUCUUCCAUGAAGAAUAGCUUUGGGCUGAAAUACUUGCACAAAUUUUUUAACAUCCCUUUUCUGCAGCUGCAGCGAGAAACCUUAUUAAGGCAACUGGAGACCAACCAGCUAGACAUCGAUGCCACCCUUGAGGAACUUUCAGUCCAGCAAGAGACGGAGGACCAGAAUUAUGAAAUAUUCCUGGAAAUGUUAGAGAAUAAUAAACGUCUGGCUUCUCCAGUAGCGACAAACGGACAAAGCCCGUCCUCCGGUUCUCAGUCCCCUGUGGUCCCUAUAAACUCUGGGUCUCCUGACAGCUCCGGCCCUGGCACGCCCCUUCAGAUACCUACUACAGUGCCUGCAUCUCCUCCCCUGGCUGUGCCUCCACCGCCUCCUGCCUCGGAUGCCUCUGAAGUCUCCGGGGCUUCUCCCUCCACCGCGUCGUCUCCUCCUUUAUCUCAGCAACCUCAGCAGAAGCGAGGCUUCAUGUCCCGUCUCUUCGGUUCCUCCACCCCUGAAAGCCCUCCAGUCAAACUAGCAGAGACCCCGUCACACACAAUGCAGCCAGUGAGAGUGCAAAGCGUAGAAGACUUUGUACCCGAAGACAGCUUAGAUCGCAGCUUCUUGGAGGAUAACGCGACUCAUAAAGAUCUAGGGAAAGCAUCACUAAGAGAAAGGCGAGACAGCGACAGUGAUGGGGAUGCACCUGGGACCAACCCCAUGGUCGCCGGCUUCCAGGAUGAUUUGGACCCUGACGACAGGAUAGCUCCUAAAUCUUCUGUGGCCGUCGUCCCCAGUAAGAACAUUGUCUUGUCCACCGAUGAUGAGGAGACUGAUGCCCCUGUUCAGAUUGCUGGGGAUGAAGACGUGGACACCGAGUUAUUCUCAUGGAAACCAACCCAGUCCUCAGUCACUCGCCCUGAGAAGCAGGAUACGUUGCCCUCGUCUAAAGCCAAGAAAAAUAAGGCAAAACACCAGGAGGACUCGGACAGCGAUCAGGAAGGGCCCAUAGCCACACAGAUGCUUUCCUUCGUUAUGGAUGACCCGGACUUUGACAGUGAAGACUCAGCCCCGGUAUCAAAGGCAAAGGAAGAUUUCCCAGUGCUGAACAACAUGUCUGAAAGCUCCAGCGAGGAGACGCUCUCAUCUCUCCCGGCACAACCUGUAAAGCCCAGCGUGCCUGCCUUCAAGAUGAGGCAAGACGCCGAUCUAUUCGGCUUAGGGUUUGAAGAAAAAGUGGCCAAGGACAGCGAAGAAGAAAAGGAAAGCAAAACCUCCAAGGAGAAAAAGAAGAAGAAAAAGAAAGCCAAGGAGGCUCCAGAAGAAGAGGAGUCAACCAAGAAAAAGACGAAACCCACGAAAAAGAAGAAAAGCAAAGAGAAGGAGGAAGGCAAAGAAGAGAAGAAGAAAAAGUCGAAGAAGAGCAAGGAAAAGAAGGAAUUUGAUGAACUGGAGGCUUUCCUCGGAGGAGGUGUACCCAGCAAGCCAAGUUCAGGUGGGGAAUAUGAGGAGCUCUAGGUUGUCCGUGCUCCUUCGUGGAUUGAGCUCUCUGCCUUCCUCACCACGCGCUCCACACUGAGCAAGCACAACCUUGUUCUUCAGCAUGGCGGCGCUGCACCGCCGGAAAGUGAGAAAUCUGAAAUGGAGAGAGGUACCAGUUGUCCGCCUUUUUCCCCAUCUUCUCCCUCUUGGAUCAUUGCUCAUUACCCAGAACUUUGCAGAAGCGAGAAACACUACAGAAUAUGCUAGAUCUGGGAGGAACACCGAGGUAGCGUUUUACGUGUCUUGCUCGCUUGGAAACCUUCAGCGGUCCCUCGUUACCCUGUAAUCAUUCCAGUCACCCUUGACUUCCUUCAUACUGUACGAACAAAAUAAAAUAAAUUCUUGUAUCUCUGCACUAAACGACGGGCUGCGAGAUAUCGCCACUCACUUCCAGGAAUCUCCGCAGUCUCCUCGCCAGUGACUGACCCAUCGCUCUACUGAUGGUCUCCCCGAAAGGUUUAAAGUCGCACCAGCAUGCGUCUGUCUGCAGCAACACUCCAGACCCAUGUUCAUUUAUAUUGGCGGCUCGCUCCCUGUUACAUUUAGGCCUUCGCCUUCCUUUUUAAUCUCUCCUCUAAUUUUGUGGAUUGUUUUUAACCCAAGGUAAGUGCAGCUGCCUAUACCGAGGCGGCCGCUUCACCGGAGUGCACCAGUAUAUCCAAGAACUCCCCAGUUGAUGUAAUCCAUCAAGGGGGAGGCAGAGAAUUAUUGGUUUUACAUGUGAACGGUCAGAGGUUUCCAUUUUCUUUGUGUUUGUAGUGCGGUUGUUCAGUGUUUUUUUUUUUUUUGGUUUUUUUUUGCCGACAGAGGCGUCUUCCCCCCCGGCCCACAACCCUGUGUUUGAAGUGUUGAGCUACUUUCUAACAUUGGUGACCAAAUUUUAUUUGAGGUCAGAACCAGUAUGGUAUGCAGCCAGUUCAUUCCAGUGCCCCAUUCCCUGUCUUUAUACCUCCCUGAAGCGGUUCUUUCACUGAGCUCAAGUCCCCUGGUGAUCAUUCCACCCCAAUCCUCUCCCAUGCACCGGGGCUUCUUGUUCUUCCACUGGCGUAACAGAACCCGGCUCCUGACAGGGUCUCAAAGCUUUGAUGCAACUGUACAGAUCUGUAAGGAGGCGACGUCCUGUCUUUGCACAGGUCUGCGUAUUGCUUGUUGAACUUUGGGGGGGAAAAAUGCACAUUAAAAAAUUGUAA